UCCACACAAGUCAACAUUAUCACGGGGCCGUUUUAUCUCAGCAUUGAUCUUACUUUUUGACCUCCGGGUCCAUUUGUAACUGUCUCGCUUGCGACAAGGUCUAGUCCUUUUCUGGGUUUAGAAUAAAGAACGGUUAGAAAUGACGGAUUGCCGUAAAGUAUUUUUUGGUCAACUUAGCCAGAGCAGUGCGGCAGUUGACGUCCAUACAGAGCCUUGCAUGGCAAGCCGACCAGGGGUGGAGAGCGACGAUGACAUCGUUAUUUUGGCUGCCCGAAGAACCCCGAUCGGGAAGGCUAAGCGUGGAAUGUUAAAGGACACAAGACCAGAAGACAUGUUAUCUACAGUGUUCAAGGCUUUGUUAGAAGAAACAAAACUGGACCCCAGGGCUAUUGGAGACAUUUGUGUGGGAAAUGUCCUUUUGCCAGGGGCGGGAGCUCUACAGGCCAGAUUUGGUCAGUUCUUCAGCGACAUUCCAGAGACAACCCCUAUAUCUGCGGUAAACAGACAGUGUUCUUCAGGACUGCAGGCCGUGAUGAAUGUGGCAGGAGACAUUGCAAUGGGAGUCUGUGACAUUGGCAUUGGUGCUGGAGUGGAGAGUAUGAGCCAGAGAAGUAUUGGGGAUGGUCAGGGUCAGGAACUCAGCCCUAAAGUGUUUGACAUCCAGAUUGCCCAGGACUGCCUGAUUCCUAUGGGAAUAACUUCAGAGAAUGUGGCCGAAAGGUACGGCGUAGACAGGAAAAAGCAAGAUGCAUUUUCUCUCCUAUCACAACAAAGAGCGGCUACGGCAGCAAGCCAAGGUCUCUUUGAUGCUGAGAUUGUUCCCAUUACAACAACAGUGAAAGAUAAAAAUGGAGAUGAGAAAACUGUUACUGUGAGUAAAGAUGAAGGCAUCAGGCCCACAACAGCCGAGGGAUUGGCCAAGCUCCGUCCUGCUUUCAAACCUGGCGGGACUACGACAGCAGGCAAUUCCAGCCAGGUUAGUGAUGGAGCUGCCGCAGUUCUCCUUGCCAGGCGUUCUGCUGCUAAAAAACUUGGCCUUCCUGUGUUUGGGGUAAUAAGAAGUUUUGCAGUUGUUGGAGUUCCACCAGACGUGAUGGGAAUAGGACCUGCUUACGCCAUUCCUGAGGCCCUCAAGAAGGCUGGUCUAACAGUUGAUGACAUUGACAUCUUUGAGAUCAAUGAGGCCUUUGCCAGCCAGGCAGUUUACUGUGUGGAGAAACUAGGGAUCCCCUUUGAGAAGGUCAACCCCAAGGGUGGGGCCAUAGCUCUAGGACACCCCCUGGGGUGCACUGGGUCUCGGCAGAUCGCCACUGCCCUGCAUGAGAUGAAGAGAAGGGGAAAACGAGGUUAUGCUGUGAUCUCCAUGUGUAUUGGCACUGGUAUGGGGGCAGCCGCUGUGAUAGAAUACCCAGGACUAAAAAGUCAUCUUUAAAAAGAUAACAGAGGCUGUCAAAUGAAUGGACAUAGAAAUGUCACAACUGAUAGAAUUCUUCACUAAGAACAACAGUACCCAGGACAAUAAUUAAUAAUGAGAAAAAUAUAUAAAAAUCGGCCACCAACUGCUGUCAAAAUGGACAUUGUAUAAAUGUAAAAAACUUUCGAUUUAUAGCAAGAAUGCCCAGUUACAUUUGUAACUUUGGCACAGUAGGCCCAAAUUUUUUUAAUUAAAUAAAAUACUUAAAAAUGUUUGUGUGAGAGAAGAAGUAGUCAAGACUUGAAGAGUCGAUGUUGGUGAAGGAGAAAGAAAUGACAAUACAUGCUGUGUUUGUUCAUUUCACUAGUCAGGAGCUAGUGCCGAGUGACCUCAGAAUUUCAAAGGGGUGACAUUUCGGCAGGUUGUUGGCAUGUCAUUUGUUUUAAAGUGUAACACGAGUACAGUAGAGUACAGCUCUGAAUAGUAGUAUGUAAUAAGUAUUCUACUAAAGGUUUCCUACCUGAUUGAAAUGUUGUAUAAUCAUUCUUGUAACAGUUCAUACUGUUUAGUUUGUAAGUGGAAUAUAUUGGUAGCUUGGUCACUGUCACCCGCUCUUUGCUUACAUUGUAGUAUACAAGACCACAUUUACAGCCAAAAUUGAAAGCUCAAAAAAUUAAAUGCCAGGACAUUGGUAUGUAAGGGGUGAAGUGGGGGUCUGUCUGAGUCAAAAUUUGAUCAGUGUUCUAUGCCUUAAAAAAAAAAAAAAAAAAAAAAA